CAGGAUGAACAAGGGAGAAAAGCAGCUUGUAGGAGGAAUGGGGUGGGGAUCCACUUGCUGUUUUGUACCCCCCACACCCCAAGGGCUGGGUUGGGUGAAGCCAGGACCCAGGUUGGGCUCCAGGAAGUGACGUCAUGGCAGGCCUGGCUCAAGCAUGCGGGGGAGGGGAGGGGGUUGUCAUAGCAACACCCUUUCUGGAGCAAGGACUCUGGGCUGAGCCCUGCCCGGUGUGGGGCAGUGCCCCCCUUGCCCCGUGUUACUGCCCUGCAGCCCUCGCUCUGCUGCUGUUCCCUGGGCAUGGGAAAGAGGGAGGGAGGUGGCCUGCUAAUGGGCUGCACCCUGGGCUGGCCUCUUUCUCCUCGCUCCCCCCCAGCUGGGCCCUGGGCUAUGAUCGGGUCCGUAACGGGUCCCAGUUGGGUUUCAGGGUGAAGUGACCCGCCUUUAUCCCAGAAGGAGGAGGGGGUACAAUUUUCUCCACUUGGAGCCUCCUGAAAGUGCCUCCUGCCCUAUGCAUGGUGCUGGGUGACCCUAAGGACCUUCAUUGGCAUCCAUCACCAGUGCCCACCCACCCGCACGCACCCACCCCACUGCAGGAGGUCACAGCUGGUGCGCCGGGUCAGCAGCCGGUCAGGCCUGGAGAGCAGGAUGGUCCCUGCUGGCCUUACCACGGGCCCCUGCCCUGCUCCGGCUGCUGCACUGGAAAUGGCUAGCCCCUCAGAGGCCAUUCCUGAGGCCAGGCUCCCCUUGUCUUCAUCAGCAGCUCUGGACCUACAUAGUGGGGGGCUUGACUCAAUGCUGUGGGGGCCAGUCCCUGGUGGAGAGAUGGGGCCCAUAAGACGACAUGGGGCCCAACCGCACCAUCUCACACCAGAUCCCUUCCCCCAGCCUUGGUAAAGGGGACAGGAAAGGCUUUGAAGCAGUCCAGGCCCCACUGAUUCAAGAACUUAUUUUGUGGGGGGAGCCCCCUGAAGAAGGGAUGGCUUUGUGAACAGCAAGGGGAGGGCGCUUUUCCCCACCCCAGCAGUGCUGCUGGUAUCUGGUCUUGUCUUUUUCCAGGAGCAGAACCACCCAACCCUUCUCUGGGAGUCUGCGAGGGCCAUUUCACUGUCAUUGGGGAGCGGCUCUGCCUGUCUCAGCAGUGCUCAGCACUGCGGUAGCUGAGCCCCUCACAAGCUUUACUGGUCCCUGUGAGGCUGGGCAGUGCUGUGCUCCUCCUAGUAAAGAUGGGGGCACUGAGGCAGUGAGCAGUUAAGUGACAUGCCCAAGGCACAGGCAGGCUGCAGCAAGAGCCAAGAAAUGAACCCAGCUCUCCCAAGUCCCAGUUGCUUUUGACAGGGACAGUUGCUCAUUGUUAAUACCAUGAAUGGCACAACUGCUGGACUGAGAAACAUCUUGCCUGGGAAUGCUGCGAUCACUAACUAAUGGAGCAUUGAGAUUUUCCGUGAAGACCCUGCUGGAAAAAUACACCACGGAGCCCAUUGACGAUUCGUCAGAGGAAUUCAUCAACUUUGCUGCCAUUCUAGAGCAGAUCCUGAGUCACCGCUUCAAAGGUCCCGUCAGUUGGUUCAGCUCCGAUGGGCAGCGCGGCUUCUGGGAUUACAUCCGCCUGGCCUGCAGCAAGGUCCCCAACAACUGCAUCGGCAGCAUUGAGAACAUGGAGAACAUCAGCUCUUCUAGGGCGAAGGGCCGGGCCUGGAUCCGCGUGGCACUGAUGGAGAAACGCAUGUCAGAAUACAUCACCACUGCCCUGAGGGACACCAGAACCACCAGAAGGUUUUACGACGACGGGGCUAUCAUGCUGCGAGAGGAGUCCACCGUGCUCACUGGUAUGCUGAUCGGCCUCAGCGCCAUUGACUUCAGUUUCUGUUUGAAAGGGGAAGUAAUGGACGGGAAAACCCCUGUGGUCAUUGACUACACCCCGUACCUGAAGUUUACACAGAGCUAUGAUUACUUGAGCGACGAGGAGGACCGGAGGAGCGUGGAGAGCAGCACGAGCGAGGAGAGCUCCCCUGAGCACCCCUACCAGCUGCUGGUCACUGACGAGGACAGCUGGUACAACAAGUGGCGCAAGAUGGAGCAGAAGUUCCGCAUCGUGUAUGCGCAGAAGGGGUACCUGGAGGAGCUGGUGCGGCUCCGGGAAUCCCAGCUGAAGGACCUGGAGGCGGAGAACAAGCGUCUGCAGAUGAGGCUGGAGGAGGUGAAGGUGCAGAACCAGCUGGAGAAGAGGGAGCUGGAGGGCGUCAUCCUGGAACUGCAGGAGCAGCUGACGGGCCUGAUCCCCUGUGAGAACACCCAGCUCUCCAAGGAGAUGGCCACACCGCUGGUGAACCAGUGGCCGUCGCUGGGGACCCUCAAUGGGAACAAGAGCGGGUCGGACGCCAAGCUGUACAGGAGGCACAGCUUCAUGAGCACGGAUCAGCUGUCGGCGGAGAUCAGCCUGAGCUCAGAUUCCCAGAAGCUGGGGGAGGGCAAGCAAGAAGGAGAGCCCUGGGGGCCAUUGGGGAAGGACCCCACCCCCUCCAUGCUGGGGCUCUGUGGCUCCCUGGCCUCCCUCCCAAGCUGCAGAUCCCUGGCCAGCCUGAAAUCUAAUGAGUGCCUGGUGAGUGACAGCAACGAAGCCAGCCCCGCCCACAGCCCCAGUUGAGACGUAGUGCGGCACCACUCGUCUUGGGAUCGGCGUGUCCCACUGGGGAGCCAAGAGGCAAACCAAGGAGCCGCCACCAUCUCGAACCAACGGGAUCAAUGCUACAGGCGCAUGGACCUUACUGAACCUCUUGAGGGGCUGGGGCAGCCAGCCCCACCCUUGCCUGAUUCGCUGCAUCCUUACAGACGUGGGCCCCAUUCCUACCGAGGGACGCUUAACCGAGUACAUAAUAUCCUAAACUCGUAUGGAGCUGGAAGGAUCCCAACGCACUUUGUGAAAUGUGCCACAUAGAGCGGGGUCACUGCACCUGACUGCAGAAAGGCAGCCACCUCUGGGAUGGACCAAGGCAGCUGUUUAACCACCGUGCUGCACAGCAGCUGACGGACAGGGAGUGAAGAAGGAUCCUGCACCUGACUGAAACUGCAAAGAGGGGGGAGGAGUUGGGGGGGCCCAGGACAUAAAUCCUGCAUCUGGAGCUUUUGCUUGGCUGGAAAGGGUGAGGAGUGGAGGCAGGGUGGGGCACUGUCACAGAGCUAUGGCCUCCCCUUGGGGCAUGCCCUUGACAGUAUCCCACCCUGGGGACUUUAUCGCUGCUGUGCAACCAGCUGAUUGGGACCGAGAUGCCUCCUCCCAUCAGGACGCUGUAUGGCCCCCUAAGCACAUGAGAAGCUCAGGGCAGGUCACUUGGGGGCUGGAGAGGGAGACUGUGGGGCAGGGGAAGAGCUGUCAGCUCUCACCUGCUUCCUUCAGCUCCUGCACUGCAGUCACGGGUCGGAUGCUUUGGCAAGGUGGCUUUGCAGCCCGAGGGGCUGUUUGCCCUGUGGAGGUGAGACCCACCCCCCCAACCACUCCCUCCUCCAGUUCUGCGUGCCCCGUCAGGUCCGGCUAUUAUCCCAUCACCCAUGUCCUAUGUGUAGGAACUUGCUGCUGCCAUGUGUGUCUCGCUCCUGAGUACCCCCAUCCGGGGCAAGUUGUGCACCCUUGGCGGGGGAGAAUACCCCCACUACACCCCUGACAUUUUCUAGCCCCGGCUGUGGGGAGGCCCUGUUGAAGCAAACAGACAAUAAAUGCAGCUAU